AGUCGCGGGGUGAAGUUCGCGGGCCGGUAGCGCAAGUCGAAUGCUGCAAGUCUUUUGAAAGCAAACUCAAGCGAUCACCUCCCUCCAUGCCGGAACCCUUGAAAGCUUUUGGACAUCGAUGGGAUUGGUACGUCCGUAACACGACACUGCGUUUUGUAGGAGGUAGAGUAGGGUCGUUGUUUGGUCGACCCGGGAUGUUGGACGUAAACGAAGACUACUGCAGCAGCAGGAUGAUGAUUUAUAGAACGCUACAAAUCUUGGGGGGAUGUGUGUUUGACAAUGUAAUAGAAGUUGAUAGAGAGACCGGCCCCCGGUUGCUGUAGAAAAAGGGUUAGCAGAGGAGCGCGAGGAAACGCGGACGGUUUCAAUUUAAUCUUUCAAUGGGCGAAGUGAGAACACUAAAACCAGCCUACGAAGUAUGUCCCGAUCGAUCCUCGGCGUUUUAUUUGUGUCUGUCCCAUUUCUCAAGACACAUCCCCUUGUCCAUUGUGUGUGCCCUUGUACGGUGAUGCAGCUCCUGCAGAAGAGGUCAACCCUUGGGCCCUCUUGUUUGGAGUUUGAAUUUAGAACGCUAUUGUUACGACGAGGUUUACUUUUCAUUUGGGAUGUUUUGUAGUUCUUGAAGACUUCUUUACAGGACGCUAUGUUUUGUAAAAUGAUGCAUCUUUCUCGUGGUGUAAUAGAAACGAUGACGAGUAUUUGUCGCAUUCUAGGGGUUGAUUGUGAUGAAAUUGAGCAUUUUUGUGAAUAUGUGUUAUGAGCUUCCUUGUACACAGGCCAAAAGGGAUACACAGGCACAAACAAGAAGCUCUCUCCCCCUUCACAAACCCCUUUUUGAGUGACAAAUUGAGGUUUUUGGGAUAACUAGGAGCUCCAAUAUUGCUCGCUCGAGCUCCAAAGGUCACCGCCGAAGUACUUCCAGCAUAAUUAAUACGCCUUUUGAUGACCCGACGCUGGGAAAGAUGCAACAGACAGGACAGGGCGGCACAGCAGGCCGUAAAGCUCCCAGAAACAUCCCAUAAUAUCCCGGUCACCACAUUUUGGAAUGUGAUGAACGCGUUGGCAAAAGGUCAUCGUACGGGCCCGCGCGCUAAUCCUUAUGCACGGUGAAUAAUUUAGAUAGAUUGCCCGGAACGGAUAGUGUGUUGCGGCUGCGGUUUAAAAUAUUACCUUAUUCGUUCCACCCGAAACACACGGGCUGCUGAUGAUGGGAGUAGCAGCAGUAGCAACAGCCACCAGGGCAGGAACGUGACGUACAUCGUUUGUUACAAAUAUGAUGAAGCUUUUCACCUCCCUCGGCCAUCAUCCUGUAAGCUUCACCUCCUUAUGGGACCGCAAAGGGAAUGCACACGGGACGUCAUCACUCAGUGCAACAUGCAUUUGGGGUGGGGUACAUUGGGAAGAACCACAGGAAAUAAGGCAUCGGUUGUGCUCGAGCACGCUGCAGAAAAGUGAUAUUUCCGGCACACGGGGGAGGUUCUAUAUUUCCCCUCCGUCAAUACGCCAUUGCGAUUUCAGGAUGUGUCCGUGUUUUGGGAAGGAUAUGAAACGACGCGAGCGCGGCAGGAUCAGUGUGAAGGGAGUGCGGCUCGUCGAACCAGCGCUUCUGCACGGCGAGGGCGGUGAUGCAGCGGCACCGGAUGGCUAUCCGUUUCAAGUAGGAUACUGCGAAAGUGACGGCAUCUACCCGGGUACGACACUGCCCCAGUACACUCUGUAUCUAGUGGCGGACAGCGAGAAGGAACGUACCGAGUGGAUCUCCUCGAUUCGGAAAGUCUGCGAAGAGUAUAGUCCGAAAUCGUUCAGCUACCAUCUGGGCCUUUGGUUGGGCCGGAAGUGGUCCUGCUGCAGAAGUUUGAAUCGCCGUGCGCUUGGCUGUCAGCUGGCAACGAUAUGGCCCGAGUACAACAAUAAUCCAAGUACUGGAAGCUCUCCUGCCCAAAAUUCUACCCGAAGUACCAGCCCCAACGUACCGAACGGUCACCUGCCGUUGCCCCAGCAGCAAUCGCAGGUCCAUCCCCAGCAGCAGCCACAGCAGCAGCAACUGCAGCACCACUCCGGUACGGUGCCGGUGCUACAGGCGCACCAGCAGCAGCAGCAGCAACCCCAGCCCACGCAGCACCCACCGCAGCAGCAUUCCCAGUCCCAUUCGCCCUCGCUGCAGCAUCCGGCGGCAUCCCAGCAGCAAGUGCACCUUCAGCAGCAACAGGCCGCCCUGCAGGCGGCCCUCCAGCAGCAGCAGCAACCGCCCCUACUGCAGCAGCAAACAUCGCAACAGUCAUCCCAUCAUCUUAAUAGCAGCUCGAGCAGCUUAGGCAACAUUACGCCCACCUUCGUUGCACAGCCACAGUCUCCGACUGUGAAUUCCUUUAAAACGGCGUCCCUCAACGGUGUUGGUUUGCACGUGAACGGAGGAGGGGAUUUAAAUAUGCCCGGUGGUCCAACGGUAACGCCCGGGACACCGAACACAAAGGCAAAGGAUGUAUCACCACGGGUGAAGAUCGUCGUCGCGCUCUACCCCUUCAAGGCAAUCGAAAGUGGUGACCUUUCGCUAGAAAAGAAUGCCGAAUAUGAGGUGAUCGACGAUUCACAGGAGCACUGGUGGAAGGUAAAGGACCAGCAUGGUACGAUCGGCUACAUUCCGAGCAACUACGUCAAGGAGAAGGAGCUGCUGGGACUGCAGAAGUACGACUGGUACGUGGGCGACAUGUCCCGGCAGCGUGCCGAGUCACUCCUCAAGCAAAACGACAAGGAAGGCUGCUUUGUGGUGCGCAAAUCGUCCACCAAGGGUCUCUACACACUAUCGCUACAUACCAAAGUACCACAGUCGCACGUGAAGCACUACCAUAUCAAACAGAAUGCUCGCAGUGAGUUUUACCUGUCCGAGAAGCACUGCUGUGAAACGAUUCCGGAUUUGAUAAACUACCAUCGCCAUAACUCCGGUGGGCUUGCCUGUCGCCUUAAGACGUCGCCGUGCGACCGUCCAGUGCCACCGACGGCCGGUUUAUCUCAUGACAAAUGGGAAAUUCAUCCCUCGGAGCUGAUGAUCCUGGAGGAGCUCGGCUCGGGCCAGUUCGGUGUGGUACGGCGUGCCAAAUGGCGUGGAUCGAUCGACACCGCGGUCAAGAUGAUGAAGGUUGGCACCAUGUCCGAGGAUGAUUUCAUCGAGGAAGCGAAAGUGAUGACUAAACUUCAACAUCCCAAUCUGGUGCAGCUGUACGGUGUCUGCUCGAAGCAUCGCCCCAUCUACAUCAUCACCGAGUACAUGAAGCACGGAUCGUUGUUGAACUACCUGCGAAGGCACGAGCAGUCGCUGAUUGGCAACAUGGGACUUCUCCUGGAUAUGUGCAUACAGGUCUGCAAGGGUAUGUCCUACCUGGAGCGUCACAACUACAUUCAUCGCGAUUUGGCCGCCCGCAACUGUCUGGUCGGUUCGGAAAACACAGUCAAGGUGGCGGACUUCGGUUUGGCACGGUACGUGCUGGACGAUCAGUACACCAGCUCCGGCGGUACCAAGUUCCCCAUCAAAUGGGCCCCACCGGAGGUGCUGAACUACACGCGAUUCUCCUCCAAAAGCGAUGUUUGGGCAUACGGUGUAUUGAUGUGGGAAGUGUUCACGUGUGGCAAGAUGCCGUACGGUCGUCUAAAAAAUACCGAAGUCGUUGAGCGCGUCCAGCGGGGAAUCAUUCUGGAGAAGCCCAAAGCGUGCGCAAAGGAAAUUUAUGAUGUCAUGAAGAAGUGCUGGUCCCACAGUCCCGAGGACCGUCCCGGAUUCCGAAUACUGAAGGAUCAACUGGCUGCCGUCGCCCAAGGACUCACCGAUUAGACGAACUCGGUCGUUCCUGAUUUGAUUGAGUGGCAUUUUACAUUUCUCUCGAUGAUGACGAUGAUGCAUAUUAGUAUAAGGCUAAGUUGAUAAACUCUCGUACACUCGAAACGGUCUGAAUCGAUAGGGUUAGCGGAUGGCAAGUGUAAAUCUCCUCUCAAAAAUCUUCCGACUUUUAUUAUGAAAUAUUUUAUUGUCUUUUCCUUUCCGGUAAGGUAAUUUUUGUGGUAGGUUUUUGUUGUAACAAUCUUCAUGUAGCAAGUUUACAGUUGCCACAUUGAAGCGAACCAUUCUGCAGAGGAAUGUGGAGGAAUUGAAACACACGAUCAGAGAUAGAAGAAGAAAAAAAAACACACAGAAGACAGAGUGCCAGAUUUAUAUGUUCUAGUAUACGUUUGGGUUCCGUUUUGUACGGGUGACGACGGUAUCGGGUGUGACGGCAAGCGAAACGUUGAUUCGGGAAGCUUGCAACCAUUGAACGGACUGAGUGAAGCAAAGAGCUUGCCGCUUGAUUGAGGGAGGAUGCGAUCGAAGGCGAUAGCAAAGUAACAAUAAACCGCGUGUGCGAAUAUUUGCUUCCUGUGCAGCAGUAGCAGCGCCGUCAUACAUUACUAUCAUUGUAUCGUAAAGUCUAUGGUAAAUACUACUAUCGAUAACACAAUUUAACAACAGCAAACUGCAGAAACCCAUGGUACGACGGAACAGAGUGCAUUUUCGGAAUAUCGCUAGUGAUAAAAGGUGAUGCGAAGUGAGCACGGUUUAAAUCACGUGCUGCGAUCAUUCCAAAUACCCCCUCCUCAAAACCGUUGUGGUAUUAGAUUAUGCAGGCAUACUAAUAAACAUACACACAGACGAUAUACACAAAUCUAUCGUAACAUACCAGUUCUCUUAUAGCUAAACAAAAGCAUGGAAAUCUUACGAACGAAUAAAUUCAAAACGUACGGCACUCUACUCCCUCUGCAGAUGGAUGUGAGCGGCCGUACAAUCUAAGUUAGAUUAUUGUACUAACGACAAGGCAGCGUCGUCACAAAUGCUGCUGCAAUGGGAACAUCUGGUAGAGAAAGUAUUUAAGUGAUAUUUAAGAUUAUAUUGACACGCACGUUCCCUGUUAAAGACCGGUUGCGCGUUUUGCUUUUCUCGUUCUCAAUACCAUCUCAACCCUUGCGUGAGCGCGCUUUACGUUGGGAAGGAUUGGACGGGAUCGGUCCCAUCCUUCCCUUGCUUUAUUGUACAUAGUUUCUUAUUUUUCGAAUAAUGCAACUCCAAUCGAGUGGGAUCCGUUUCUCGUCCUCAGACUUAGUUAAUGCAGACGGUUUUUUUUUGUUUGUUCGGAACGCAGUGACCGCACUCUGUGCGUGUCUCAACCGAACCGUUGUAGUGAAUUGUACUCUUCCUGAGUCGGAUCAGUCGAGACGAUAGGGGAAAAAACUGUGUGGCAGGUUUGCAAACAUUUGGCGCCACGAAACAGGAUGGCACGUAGUACUACCAUAGAUAGCAUUAUGUUUUAUUAUUUAACCGUAACCGAUCGUAUUAGAAGCGAACGCUGUGCUUCACAACAGUUUGCCUGAAUAACGAAUGAUACGAAUUACCGAUGAAACUCAACUAGUAGCGAUGGGUGGGUGGAUGGACGAUCUUACUGCGUAGCUGGCAGAUAUAGUGGCAAGCUCAGCUUCUACUGAUACUAUUACUAUGAACUACUACAACUACUAUUACCUUUACUACCUAAGCAAAGGCGUUAAUAUCUCAAAUCAAACGAACGUGCGCGAGGAACGACAGCAAAUGCCAUUGGUUUUGUGUUUUUUAUUUUAUUUUCCAACAAAUUAAGAAUGCAACUCAAGUCAAAUGUCCCCGAUGUCGACCACGACCGCGCGCAGUAGUGUGGGGGAAGGAUACAUCUGCAGCGGUCAAACAAGGAAUCUGCUAAGGAAUCGUAUGCUGCAAACGAUCCAUCUAAUGGUAUAUAUACACACACAAAUACACACACAUAUAUAUCUUACGUCCGCUGAUGUGGUUGUUUAAUGGAUUUGAAAUCAAAAUGCAAAUCGUACAAGAUUUAACCAGAUUCACCCGGUUGGAAUAGUGUGAGACCGAGUGAGCAUUAUCGAUGCGCAAUGAAAAUGCAAAACAAACCCAAUAAUGGAGCGUGCAAGCGCGGUUUGGUGAAUAAAGUAGUAAUAACUACAGUUAGCAUAGAUAUCAAAAUAUGUCCGAGCAUACGUGUCGAAAACACACAAGAAUACAAUAACAGCAAGAAAAACACAUUUCCGUGAAAUCAGCUAAUCAGCUAAUUAGUCGUUAAAUCGUUUUCUUUUGAGGUUAGUGUACCGGAACAAAGCUCGUGCAGGUAGGCAGAAACGGUCAAACAUAACAUAUGCAGUGGAUUAAGUAUAUCAACAAAACAAGCAAACAAGCAAACAAACAAACAAACAAAACGCUAAUCUAAUUAUUCGAGUGAUUAAAAAUGAACCCAAGAAAUGGGAGGCGCGCGCAUAAGAACGUUCACAACAAUAACAUGACUGAUCGCCUGGUUUGUCGUUCGGUGUAUUGUGACGGUUAAUUUCUGGCACAAAACAGUGCAACACAGUGCCAGACACAUUUGGCGCAUUUCCAUUUGCUAAAAAAAAUGCGAAAGCAUUAAAACGGAAGUAAGCGAACGAUACAGGCAAUAUGGCCGAAUACCGAUGGAAAUCUUAUUGGAUAGAUGUCGAUCCAUUUUUUUUACACUACAAAUAAACAAAACAGCAAAAUGUCUUGUAUGAAAUGAA